GCGGAGCGCCGAGGAUGGGAGCGCAUCUGCAGCCUCUAGCCCUGCGGCUUCUGGCGUUGACUUUCCCCUUGGUGGCGAAGGGUUUUUCUGACGAAACCUUGGAGAAAGCCGCGAAAUCCGAGGGAUAUUGCAGUCGGAUCCUGCGAGCCCAAGGCACCCGGAGGGAAGGGUAUAAUGAAUUUAGCCUCAGGGUGGAGGGCGAUCCAGAAUUUUACAAGCCUGGAAACAGUUACCGGGUGACACUUUCUGCUGCCACUCCUGCUUACUUUCGAGGAUUCACAUUGAUUGCUCUCAAGGAAGGAAAAGAAGGUGACAAAGAAGAAGACCAUGCAGGAACUUUUCAGAUCAUAGAUGAAGAAGAAACGCAGUUCAUGAGUAAUUGUCCUGUUGCUGUUACUGAGAGCACACCAAGAAGAAGGACACGUAUUCAAGUGUUUUGGACGGCUCCUCCUACUGGUACAGGCUGUGUAAUUCUGAAAGCCAGUAUUGUGCAGAAGCGCAUAAUUUAUUUUCAAGAUGAGGGUUCUCUCACCAAAAAAAUCUGUGAACAAGACUCAGCCUCAGAGGGUGUGACUGACAAACCAAUUUUAGAUUGUUGUGCCUGUGGAACUGCCAAAUACAGGCUAACUUUUUAUGGAAACUGGUCAGAAAAAACACAUCCGAAAGAUUUCCCACGACGCACCAACCACUGGUCUGCGAUCAUUGGUAGUUCUCACUCGAAGAACUACAUCCUUUGGGAGUAUGGAGGAUAUGCUAGUGAAGGUGUCAAACAAGUUGCAGAAUUGGGGUCCCCAGUAAAGAUGGAAGAAGAAAUUCGACAGCAAAGCGAUGAGGUUUUAACAGUCAUCAAGGCAAAAGCACAGUGGCCUGCCUGGCAACCUCUGAAUGUGAGAGCUGCUCCCUCUGCUGAGUUUUCUGUCGAUCGUCACCGGCACCUGAUGUCCUUCCUCACCAUGCUUGGCCCCAGCCCGGACUGGAAUGUGGGUCUCUCUGCUGAAGACCUCUGUACCAAGGACUGCGGCUGGGUUCAGAAAGUUGUUCAGGAUUUAAUACCCUGGGAUGCUGGCACAGACAGUGGCGUUACCUAUGAGUCUCCUAACAAGCCUACAGUGCCUCAAGAGAAGAUCAGACCACUUACAAGCUUAGAUCAUCCUCAAAGUCCAUUUUAUGAUCCAGAAGGAGGAUCUAUCAAGCUGGUAGCCAGAGUUGUCAUUGAAAGAAUUGCACGCAAGGGGGAGCAAUGCAAUAUCGUACCUGAUAACAUAGAUGAUAUUGUGGCAGACCUAGCCCCAGAGGAAAAAGAAGAAGAUGAUACCCCUGAGACCUGCAUAUAUUCAAACUGGUCCCCAUGGUCAGCCUGCAGCUCUUCUACCUGUGAAAAGGGCAAGAGGAUGAGGCAGAGAAUGCUUAAAGCUCAGUUAGACCUCAGUGUGCCCUGUCCAGAUACCCAAGACUUCCAGCCAUGCAUGGGUCCAGGCUGCAGUGAUGAAGAUGGUUCCACUUGCAUGAUGUCUGACUGGAUUACAUGGUCCCCCUGUAGUGUUUCCUGUGGGAUGGGAACGCGAUCUAGAGAGAGAUAUGUAAAACAAUUCCCUGAAGAUGGCUCUAUGUGCAAAGUGCCUACUGAAGAGACUGAGAAAUGUAUUGUAAAUGAGGAAUGCUCCCCUAGCAGCUGCCUUGUCACUGAAUGGGGAGAGUGGGAUGAAUGCAGUGCUAGCUGUGGCACGGGGAUGAAGAGACGACACAGGAUGAUCAAGAUGACUCCCGCUGAUGGAUCCAUGUGCAAGGCCGAAACUACAGAGGCAGAGAAAUGCAUGAUGCCUGAAUGCCAUACUAUCCCCUGUCUACUCUCUCCUUGGUCUGAAUGGAGUGACUGCAGUGUAACAUGUGGGAAGGGAAUGCGAACUCGGCAAAGGAUGCUGAAAUCUGCUGCUGAGCUUGGAGACUGCAAUGAGGAGCUGGAACAAGCAGAAAAAUGCAUGCUGCCCGAAUGCCCCAUCGACUGUGAACUAACAGAGUGGUCCCAGUGGUCCGAAUGUAAUACCUCAUGUGGAAAGGGCCAUAUGAUCAGGACAAGAAUGAUUAAAAUAGAACCACAGUUUGGAGGAACAGCAUGCCCAGAAACUGUCCAACGUACAAAAUGUCGAGUAAGGAAAUGCCUGAGAGGCCCAGGUAUGGAAAAAAGGCGCUGGAAAGAAGCCCGGGAGAAAAGGAGAAGCGAACAAGCAAAAAAAAAUAUAGAUAGUGAGCAAUAUCCAGUUUGUAGGCUGAAACCAUGGACUGCUUGGACAGAAUGUUCUACGCUCUGUGGAGGUGGAAUUCAGGAACGCUACAUGAUGGUAAAGAAGAGGUCCAAAAGUACUCAGUUUGCUAGUUGCAAAGACAAAAAGGAGCUAAGAGCAUGUAAUGUUCAUCCUUGUUAACAAAACACAAGGCUUCCAAGUGAUGCACUCUGAGCUAAAUGGAAAGUCAACCUUGGUUUGGUUUUUAAAACACAAAAAAUAUAAAGUGUAUAUUAGUUUUCAUUUUUGCAGUGUGGUUUGCUUUUUAGUCUUGCUGGUGCAAGAACAUAUUUUAUAAAUAUUUCCUCACAGAUUUAUGCUGAGAGUAAAUCUUUGGUACUCCAGCCAGCCCUUAAUGCAUAAAAAUAGUAAGUCAUUAUGAGUCAUUUAACUAAAAUACAGACAUAUCUGUGGACAUGGAAUAGCCAUAUAGAAAUACUACUUGUAAAGACAUGGGAUGCAUGCAUAUUAACAUAACUAAGUUAAAGUGACACGUUUCAUAUGUGGGAGGAUUUGUCUCUCGAUUUGAUUUUGAAAAUCCAAAGCAGUGCCUACAUGAUUACACAACUAUGCCAAGGAGCAAUUUCAUUAAUGCUGGUUCAAUAAUAUUAAAGGUGCAUGUUUAUCUUUUUACACUAUUGGGUUAAGCUGAUAGUUAUAAUAUUUAUCCUAUAUACUUUUCUUCACAUGGAUGCUGUGGUCCAUGCAAAUGGUCUUUGUUUCUUUAAAACUUAAAAAGGAAAUGAUUUGUGGAGCUCAAUAGUGAUGUCUGCCCACUACAUAGUCAAAUUCAAAACAGCACACAAAGAAAAUGUGUGAAUGUCAUCAUAUAUUUAGAUGCCAUAUUCUUAUAUUGGGUCUAUCCACUGCCUCUCAAAAUCGAUACAGAACUAAUAGAAAUUGGUCCAAACACAGAGAGUUGCAAUAGCUGUGUCACGGAAAGACUUCCACAUGAGAGACACUAAAAAAUUAGAUUCGGUUUCGUGAGGCUGUUAAUCAAUCACAAGUGAAGAGAGAAAGAGGUUUAUAACAUAAUAGAAAUGGUAGCGAAAAGGUGAGCCAAGUUCCCAUGCAUCCCUUAUAACAAACAAAGGGAAGGGAGCCUCUGAAAUGAA